AUGCGAUUACCUAGACAGUCCCCUCAAGACACAGUUUCUGGACUAUGGGCUAGUCUGCGUGCAACACAUCUCAUAAUCCAGGUUAAUCACUCGCUUCAUUUUUAUCUUCAUGAGAGCUACACAUCUUUCAAGGCACUUCCUAAACUCAAUGGCCUCAAAAUACAGAACAUAACUUUUCGAGAAGACCUUCCGAACUCUGGGGUGGUAGAGCUAGUUAGCACGACGACCAAUGAUUGUAUCUUUGUUGUUAACAUCAAGCCUCACACAAGUGAAAAUAAGCGUGAUGACAAACUAGUGAAACAAGUACUAAAAUGCAAAAGUGAAGUCGUCUGUGUUUGUGUCAGCACGAAUGAAAGUCGUGUUUAUGUUGUUUCAAAAAGCGAGUUGGCUAUUUACGAACCCGCAGACUUCUCACAUAAGCUGUUGGUCGAAGUAUUUGCGUCUCAACCUCUAAUCCUGAAGCAUACAUUGGGUGAAAAUAGAUCUGCUGUUAAAUUGAACGAGUUUCAUGUUCUUACAGGCACCUCUGCUUUUGUGAGCAAUGACCAAGAGGCAUUGCUCGCUCCAACCUCAAAAUGGAAUGGUUUUAACGUCACAGAACUACUAUCAUUCACUACUACCCGACACCAUUACAUUUUUAUCUACAAGAGUGAUCAAAUUGUGAUUCAAGACAAGCUUUUGAUGCAUCCACCUAUAGAAUUGAGCCCAAAUGUUAUGCAAGGUAUCAAUGGUAUAACAUCUGAUCCUGUAAAGCAGACGGUGUGGGUUUAUAAUGAUUCCUCAAUCUACGAAAUUGUUGUUGGCAAUGAGCAUUCAUCAAUAUGGUAUGGUUACUACAUCAUGGGGCGCUUUGACGAGGCGCUAGCACUACUAGACGAAGAGCCAUCAAAUUCUAACUUGGAGACUUACAAAAACUUUGUGAAAGUGAAAAAAGGGUAUAGUUUACUUCAAAAAGGUGGCUUUGGAAUGGAUAUCUCACAGGAAGAGAAUCGCAAAGCAUUGUCUGAGUCACAACUUCGUGGCGUUCGAAAUUUGGCUUGUUCGAUGGAACCCUUUGAAAAAGUCUGUCUUUUGCUCAGCAAAGCCCAUAACCAUUUGGAGUCCCGAACUUGGCAUUACGAACUAUUGAUUGCGUAUCUUCGGGAAAAGCUUUCCCUUGCUAAGAAGGAGCGUUCGAAAAUGAAAGCCGUCAUCAUAGCGACUUGGACAUUGCUUCUAUAUUCACAGGAAAUAGCAGCAUCUAAAGAUAAGGCUAAUGUGCUAUUGGCAAGAGAAGAUCAUCACCACGCCAAGCCGGAAUUGAUCGAGGAGUUGAAGCAAUUCUUGGACGUAAAUCAAAGUUUCCUCGACCCCGAGCUGGUAAUCGAGAUUCUUUUGAAGGCCGAUCUUGAUUCAGUCCGGAUGCAUUAUGCGGUCAUUAGAGGGGAGUUUGAGUACAUUCUCACCUUCCACUUAGAGAACGGAAAUUGGACAGCAGCUAUAGCGACUUUGAAAAAAGCGAUAGAAAGCGAGGGCAGUUCAGGAAGAGAACUCUUGUAUACAACGGCGCCAUUAUUGUUACAGAUUUGCCCCAAAGUGACGGUUGACACCUGGGCUAAGACGACGGGACUUCAGGUCCGGCGACUUCUUCCUGCGAUCCUUGAUUACGUCCGUAAACAUGAUCAUUUGCCACUACCAGAAAACCACGCUCUUAAUUUUCUCGCAGGAGUGACGAACGAAAGCAAUUGUGAAACAGCGAUAAACGCAUACCUCGCUCUCAUAGUAAGGUAUCCUGAUGACGAUCAACAGAGGGCAACUAAAGCUUUGCUUAAAGCCAUAAAUCAUCUUCGUGAUUGCAAAUCUGAAGUUGUUUACGACAAACAACUCAUACUUCGACUAGCCAUACAGCAUGGGAAGUUGUGGCCCGCGGUUAUUAUCAUGAUAGAUGAUUUGCAACUCUACGAGACAUCCUUGAAGUUUGCCUUAAAGCACAAGGAUAUCCGAUCAGCGGAGUAUAUCUUGCGAAAAUUUGAGAGGAAUUUGACGGAAAGUGCUGAAUAUAAAAGACAAACGACUAGCGAGUUGCAGAUGUCAUUAAGCCACUUAUCCGACAAUGAUCAAAACAUGAGAAAGCGCCUUUGGCUUGUUUUUGCUCAAUUUGUCAUGAAACACUCUGCGGGUGACUUCAUGUCGUUACAGAAUACUUAUUUUGAGAGGCAUCUUAAAAAUGGAUCUUCCAGAUUCGAAGAUCGCAUUCGUUAUCUCAUCGAUUAUGCAAAGGAGACAUCACGUUUCAAGUCUCCAUUGAAUGUGAAAGACUUGAUUGCGCUUUUGCCAGAGCAAGUUGAAAUCUCGCAAUUAAAAGAGGAGAUCGUCGACUCACUCGAUAGCCACAAUGACUCUAUUGCAUUAUUGACUAGUGAAAUGAAGGAGCUGGCUCUCAUUUCCUCAAAUAAAGGUCGUUUAGAUCGCUACUACUAUUUGGCAAAGGAGAAGGGUUACAGAGCUAGAUCUUCCUUCAAGCUUAUACAGAUUAAUGAGAAAUAUGGUCAUUUCUUGGAAAAGUCCAAAGUUGUGGUAGACUUGUGUGCUGCUCCUGGAUCGUGGUGUCAGGUAGCCUCCAACCUUUGUCCAAUGAACUCAUUAAUUGUCGGUGUGGAUAUCGUUCCGAUGAAGCCUCUCCCUAAAUGCAUUCUAUUUCAGUCGGAUAUAACCACUGAGGAUUGCCGCUCGAAGCUUCGAGGACAUCUCAAGACGUGGAAAGUGGAUACAUUUCUACAUGACGGAGCUCCCAACGUGGGUUUAGGAUGGGUUCAAGAUGCUUUUACCCAAUCACAGCUUGUCUUAAAAGCUCUCAAGCUAGCUGUUGAGCAUCUUAUUCAAGGCGGAACUUUUGUCACAAAGGUUUUUCGGUCAAAGGACUACAAUAAUUUGAUGUGGGUAUUCCAGCAGCUCUUUGAUAAAGUUGAAGCCACGAAGCCACCAGCCUCGAGAAAUGUUUCCGCUGAGAUCUUCGUUGUUUGCAAAGGCUUCAAAGCACCCAAAAAGUUAGACAAUAGAUUGCUUGAACUCACAGACGUCUUUGAAGAAAUUGGCAAACCAAAAGACAACAAUGAGGCAAAAGUUUUCAAUCCAGAGAAGCGAACGAGGAAAAGGGAGGGAUACGAAGAGGGAAACAACAUUUUAUUCAAGGAAAUGGAUAUCCUUGAGUUCAUAAGAGAUGACGAACCCAUCAACAAAUUGGGAGAACUAAACAAAUUGGCAAUCCCAACAAAAAGUUCGGAGUGGAGGAUGUUGUGCAAGCUAAAGCUUUGGUCGUCAGAGCUCGAAGAAUGCGUGAGUGACCUUAAAGUGUUGGGCAAAAAAGAAUUCAAACGAAUCCUUAAGUUUAGAAAAAAUGCUAGGAAAGCGCUUCAGCUCGAUAAAGCUCCUGAAAGUGACUCUGAAGAGAAGCCUGUUUUGACAGAGGAAGAGCAAAUAAGUCAGGAGUUAGCUUCGCUCACGGAAAAACAGCGUCAAAGAAGAAAGCGGGAGAAAAAGACAGCUAAUGAAGUGAAACAGCGAGAACUCAAGCGUCUUCAAAUGAACAUGCUUACCGAUAUGUCGAUUGGUAUAGAUGCCGCCAAUAACGCGUCUCAGUCUUUAUUUAACUUGAAAGCGGUCAAAAAUACUGGUGCAAUGGAAUCCAUAGCUGACGGAAAGAAGACGAUGAUAUUGUCAGACAAAGGCCGUAAUGUGGAUACCUUGCUGGAUGACGAGGAAUCUGUGUCUCUGGACUCAGAGAAGGAGAAUGAUGAUCUUGAAGCUCAACUAAAUGCUUUACACGAUCAGUUUAAGCAAAGAAAGUUGGAAAGGGAUGCCAAUUAUCGGGCCAAGCUUAAUCGAGGCGAUUUAGAUGAGGAGAAGUGGGAUGGUAUAACCAGUGAUGUGGAUAGUGAUGAUUCAGAGAAUGACCAGUUGGUGAUGGAGAAUAGUGAUUCUGAUGAUGAGGAUGAUGAAGCUAUUUCGAGGAUGAUGGAGAUCCGAAACUCUCAGUCGGCUUCUUUGUCUAAAGAAGCGCAUGCUUUUUAUGCGGUCAAUCCUCUCAUUGGCAAUAUUGACGACAGCACUCUUCUUUCCUCGCUUCAAAACUCCGAACCUGGAACUUCGAAUGUGGUCCAGACCGAUCCAGAGUCUUCUGAAAAGAUCGAUUUCGAACUUGUCAAGGGGCAAUUCGCCGACAACAAUGAGCGUGCGGAAGAUAAUGAUAUGAAAGAGAAGCAUUCGUCCACCGUCGAGUUAGAUACUGCUGAAGCUAUGACCUUGGCGCACCAAGUAGCGCUCGGUCAGAAGAACAAGCAUGAUCUUGUAAACGAAGGAAUUCAUCGGUACUCAUUUAGGGACAAAGAUUCUCUUCCGGACUGGUUCAUCGAGGAUGAGAAACGGCAUUCGAAGAUCAUCAAACCCAUCACUAAAGAAGCAGCAGCAGCGAUUAAAGAGAAGCAAAAGCAACUUAACUCUCGGCCUAUCAAAAAGAUUUUAGAAGCUCAGGGUCGGAAGAAGAUGCGUGCAAUCAAGAGACUUGAGAAAAUCAAAAAGAAGAGUGACCUUAUUAACGAAGAUGCUGACAAAAGUGAACGUGAUAAGGCCGAUGAAAUCCAGCGCAUGAUGAGAAAACUCUCCAAGAAGGAGACAACUAGGCCAAAGCCGACACUUGUGGUCGCAAAGGGUCAUAAUCGUGGUCUCAGUGGCAGGCCCAAGGGAGUGAAGGGCAAAUAUAAAAUGGUGGAUGGCGUCAUGAAAAAUGAACAGAGAGCACUUAGGCGAAUUGCCAAAAAGCACAAAUAA